GUUCAUUUAUGAAACUCAACGAUUGUGGAAGUGCUUGGAAAAUUAUAAAGAAUCUCAGGCAAGCGUAGCUGCUGGUGGUGUUAGUGUUUUUCUUUCGUAGGGGAAGUGAAAUUUUUUAAUAUUAAAUAAAAUAAUGGAAGAUGAGGAGAAAAUGGCUAUAAUGCGUAAAGCAUUCCAAAUGUUUGAUACGCAAAAAACUGGAUUUAUUGAGACGCUACGCUUAAAGACUAUUUUGAAUAGCAUGGGUCAAAUGUUUGAGGAGAACGAGUUACAGCAGUUAAUAGAUGAGAAUGAUCCUGAGAAUACAGGCAAAGUGAAUUUUGAUGGCUUCUGUAAUAUCGCUGCCCAUUUCCUGGAAGAAGAAGAUGCGGAAGCCAUACAAAAAGAAUUGAAAGAAGCAUUUCGUCUUUACGAUCGUGAGGGCAAUGGUUACAUUACUACGUCUACCUUGAAAGAAAUAUUAGCCGCUUUGGAUGACAAAUUGUCAUCAAGUGACUUGGAUGGCAUUAUCGCUGAAAUCGAUACUGAUGGCUCCGGAACAGUGGACUUUGAUGAGUUCAUGGAAAUGAUGACUGGUGAUUAAACUUCGUUUAUAUAUAAAUAUGUAUGCAUAUGUAUAUAUAUAUAUAUAUAUAUAUAUAUAUCAAUUUCCAAAUUAUGUGUAUCCGCUUAAGUGUAAAUGUGUGUGUGUGUGAAAACAAAAAGCCAAAAACAAAAAACAAAAUUAUUUAUUUCAAUAAAUCUUCACAGGCCAUCAGCUUUCUAUGGA